CCCAUCAUCGACCUCACCGGCGUAUGCUGUGUGCAGCUCUACAAUGCUUCUCUUGUACGUCCUAGCUCUGCUGGUCUUUCUGACCGUCAGAGCGCAACAGUUACUUCCAGGGUCCUGCAGCUUUGAGGAAGAUACCUGUGGAUACGUUUCGGAUCCCGCCUACGCCACAUGGACCGUGAACGAAGAAGGGCGCUUCAUCACGGUGGACUCCGCCUUCAUGGACGGCAAGGAGAAGGCAGUUCUGGUGAGCCCGGAGCUGGAGCUGCUGGACUGGAGUUGCCUGAGGCUGGUGUACCAGAUCACCGGCUCCGGCUUGCUGCAGCUUCACCUGCGGCCCGAGGACGAGAACUUCGACUACCCGCUGUGGACCUCCACACAGCCCUCCGACAGCUGGCUCAUUGCCAGCGUCGACCUGUGGAACACGUCCAACUCCUACAAGAUUUUAAUGGAAGGCAGACCUGGCCAGGAAACAGGCAACAGUGUAGCCAUUUUUGAAAUUCACAUUGUACCUGGUUACUGCAUAGAGUGUAAUUUUGAGGAGCACCAUCUUUGUGGGUACAGUAAUCAGUGGAACCCCAAUGUCAACUGGUACGUCGGAGGAAGCGUAGCCCGUGACCCGCAGUCCAACCUGCCUGAUGACCACACCAUGAGCAAUGAGAGAGGCCACUACAUGUACGUGGACUCUGUCUACGCCAAGAAAUUCCAAGAGGUGGCCAAGCUGGCAUCGCCUAUGACAACCACACCGAUGGCAGGGUGCAUGUCAUUUUACUACCAGAGGGACCAGGAUAGGGGGAACAUCUUCUCCGUCUUUACCAAAGACCAGCUGGGGCACUACGAGGAGAUCUGGAGGCCGGAUGUAUAUGCCACAUCCUCGUGGAAACUUGUGCAAGUGGACAUCAAGGCACCACAUCCCCUCGAGGUGGUGUUUGAAGUGGCCUUUAACAGCCCUCGUGGAGGGUACGUGGCUCUGGAUGAUAUCGCCUUCUCUCCUGAGUUCUGCAGCUCAGAGACAGAGCCGACCUUUGACCCUUCCAUUGCAAACUGUGACUUUGAGGAAGGGUUCUGCCGGUACUACCAAGAGCGGGCUGAGGGUUCCGUGUGGAACAGAGUGACAGUGAAACCCAACGCUUACCGGAUAGGGGAUCACACCACAGGAUCAGGUUCUUUCCUGCUGGCUAACACCCGCUUCACGUCUCGCCCUGGCUACGUGGGCCGUCUGCACGGGCCCUUCCUGCCGGGGAACCAUAAGUACUGCCUGAGGUUUUACUACGCCCUCCAUGGAUUCAGGAAGAUAGACAACGCCCUGGCUGUGUAUGUCUACGAUGAGAACAACGUGGCUCAGGAGAAGGUGUGGACAGUGUACGAGAGCUCCAGGGACAUCUGGACAGAGGUGGACAUCACCUUCCAGAAGCCGAUGCCCACCAAGGUGGUGUUUGUCAGCAUUUGUAAGAACUUCUGGGACUGCGGACUGGUGGCCCUCGAUGACAUCACCGUGAGCCUCGGGGACUGCCGUGUCAGCGCCGGACUGAUGCAGUCCCUUCCUGGGAGGUGUGACUUUGAGACUGGCGACUGUGGGUACACGCAGGACAAGGAGGGUGACACGGGUGACUGGAUGCGGAUGAGAGGGCAAACGCCUACCUCAUACACUGGGCCGAAGGGGGACCAUACCACAGGGGUAGGGUACUUCAUGUACAUAGAGGCCUCGCACAUGCUUCCCGGGCACAGCGCACAGCUCCAGACCACAGAGUUACGGGGCUCUGCGGAGCCGCAGUGCCUGAUCUUCCACUACCACAUGUACGGCUCCGGGACGGGCCUGCUGAGCGCGCUCUUGCGCCGCAAGGGCAACGACCACGACACCCUGCUGUGGAGGCGCCGCGGAGAGCAGAGCAUCUCCUGGAUGAAGGCCAUGGUCGACUACACCUGCGAGGACAGGCACCAGAUUGUAUUUGAAGCGAUCCGGGGACCUUCGAUAAGAAGCGACAUUGCAAUUGAUGACAUCAUGUUUAAAAAGGGACUAUGCACAGAUCCUGGAGACAGCAUUCCCUACUCUGGCUUCUCGGAAAACUUCAACGAGAUUGAGUACUGA